UCACCCAACUGAACCUUAUACCAUCUCUGAACACCAGUGGGAAGAAUGUUCUUUCAUUUUUAAAAAGCGAUUUGCUGUAUGUGAUUUACUUACGGCUUCAAAAUGAUUAGAAAAAAAUUUAUGAUCCUACUUUCGCUGUUUGUGACUCUGGGAGAAGCAAGGAAGUCAUUUCUCAGUUUUCAGAACACAGAAAAGACUGAAAUACUAUUUUUCACAAAGACUGAAGAAGUGGUUAUUGUAAGGUCAAGUUACAAAGGCAAACGGCCUAACUCCAACUACCUCUUGGUGCAAUUAGAAGAUCCUAAAAUGUUGCAUGUGGUGAAUGUGACCAAGACCUCCUCAGAUGCUACCAACUUUACCAUAAACCUAAGAGCAGAUGAAGAAGGAGAGACCAAUUUGACCAUUCAACUCUGGGAUUCUGAAGGUAGGCAAGAAAGACUCAUUGAAGAAAUUAAGAAUGUCAAAGUCAAAGUGCGCACACAAACAAAAAAGAAUCUUUUCCAGGCAUCAAUGCAUGUCGAUAGAAAGAUCCUAAUGCUUAUUUUACCACUGAUACUGCUAAAUAAAUGUGCCUUUGGUUGCAAGAUUGAAUUACAGGUGCUUCAAACAGUAUGGAAGAGACCUUUGCCCGUAAUUCUUGGGGCAAUUAUACAGUUUUUUCUUAUGCCCUUUUGCGGUUUUCUUUUGUCUCAGAUUUUGGCCUUGCCUGAGGCACAAGCGUUUGGAUUUAUAAUGACCUGCACGUGCCCUGGAGGGGGUGGGGGUUAUUUCUUUGCUCUGCUUCUGGAAGGAGAUGUCACUUUGGCCAUUCUGAUGACUUGCACGUCAACAUUAUUGGCCCUGAUAAUGAUGCCUAUCAAUUCUUAUAUAUAUAGUAAGAUAUUAGGGUUAUCGUGUAUAUUUCAUAUUCCUGUUUUCAAAAUUGUGUCCACACUCCUGUUCAUCCUUAUACCAAUAUCAGUUGGAAUAAUCAUCAAGCGUAGAAUACCUGAAAAAGCAAACCUCUUAGAGAAAAUAAUUCGACCUCUGAGUUUUAUUUUAAUGUUUGCAGGGAUUUAUUUGACUUUCAGAAUGGGACUGAUGUUUCUAAAAACAGCUAACUUAGAGGUGCUUCUUUUGGGUCUCUCAGUCCCUACUUUGGGUUUGUUGUUCGGGUACUCCUUUAGUAAAAUUUGUAUGCUGCCUCUUCCUGUUUGUAAAACGGUUGCUAUCGAAAGUGGGAUAUUAAACAGUUUCUUAGCCCUUGCCAUCAUUCAGCUCUCUCUAUCACAGUCCAAGGCCAACUUAGCUUCGCUAGCUCCCUUCACAGUAGCCAUGUGUUCUGGAUGUGAAAUGUUACUGAUCCUUCUGGUCUACAAGGCUAAAAAAAGAUGUAUCUCUACCAGAGAAGACAAAAAAUCUUUUCUACUCUAAAAA